GUAGCAGUUCGCGGCUUGCUUCCAAAGGGGGUGCAUCAUUCGGUCGGUCGGUCGGUCGAAGUGUGAAGAAGAAAAAAGUUCACCAGAGCGAAAAUGGUGCCCGUUGAAAACAGGAUUAUCCGCGGCUGUUUGGAUUGAUUUUUCACCGCGAAUCGCGAAUGUGACGACUUCGACGACGCAAACAAGUGCAACGCAACCCAUUUUUGGGAUAAAUUCGGCAGGAAAAUCCGCUCGGGGUCCGUAUCUGUGGAAACUACAAAGAGGCCCCGCAGAAGGGAGAGUGCGCGCGUUGUGGAAUUCCUAAAUCACAUCACACAACAUUUCAGCAUAAGUUUUUAAGCAAGCAAAAUCAUACGUACUGAACGCGCGUACCUUUUUUAAGUCCGUCGUAGCUUUUAAGCAGAAAACAAAAAUCAACUACUAAACCAAACAUCAAUCAUCAUGGGCAAGGAAUUGCUGAACACGAGCUCGUUCUGCCAGCAGCUGGGCGCGACGUUGGUGCGGAAUUUCAAGCUGAAGAUCCGCGACUCGCGCAAAACCAUCGCCGAGGUGUUUCUUCCGCUUUACACGCUGGGGACGCUGAUCGUGCUGAAGAUUCUGAUCCCGAACCCGAACUUUCCCGCCAUAACCGAGCCACGUGGGGCGGCGUCCCUGUUCGAGCACUUUCAGCACUACAAAGCGCACACGAUCGCGGUGCUGCCGCAGCCGAACGCGUCGCUGAUCACGGAGCAAUUCCUCGGCGAGGUGAGCAAACUAUGGCUCUCGAACCGGCACCACACCGCCGGCAAGUACCCCAUCGAGUGGCAGUUUUACGAGUCCCAGGAGGAGCUGCUGGCCGCGUACUGGCGCGAUCCGGACAAGAUGCCGCUGGCGCUGAUCUUUCACAGCGACGAUCCCAUGUACGGACCGCUCAAGUACGAAAUCCGCACCAAUCCGUCGUUCUUCGUGACGCCGGCGACGACGGAGCUGUUCUCGUCGCUGGUCACCUGCAGACAAUCAGACAGCUACUGGUCGGCGGUCAUUCCGAUCGAAACCGGCGACUCGUGUCCGGUCAACCAGUACUACUACUCGGGGUUUAUCGCGCUGCAGACGCUGCUCGAGUACACCAAGAUAAAACUCGUGACGCAAAACGACGAUCUACAGAUACCUCAUAUAACGCUAGAAAUGUUUCCUAAGGAAGCCUACACGGGAAAUUGGAUGGUGGCCUUCCGGCUGGUCAUUCCAAUUUACAUGGUGAUGGCCUUGUCCCAGUUUAUCACAUAUCUGCUGAUACUGAUAGUCGGCGAGAAGGAGAACCACAUCAAGGAAGGGCUGAAAAUUAUGGGCUUGCGUGACUCCGUGUUUUGGUGUGGCUGGUUUAUCAUUUAUGCCGUGUUUGUGACGUUCCUGACGUUCGUGUCCGUGAUUUUGCUGUUCUCGCUCGGGGUGUUCCAGCACACCAACUAUCUGCCGGUGUUCAUACUGAUCCUGCUGUACAGCUUCUCGGUCAUCCUGAUUGGGUUCAUGAUUACGCCGUUCUUUGACAACUCGAGGACCGCCGGCAUCCUGGGCAACUUUGCCGUCAACAUCAUGUCGCUGCUGUACUUCCUGCAGGUGUUCAUCGACGACACGCACACGUCGGCCGCCCUGUGGACCGUGUCGCUCAUCUCGCCCACCGGGUUCGCCCUCGCGAUGGACAAAAUCCUGGUGCUGGACAUUUCCGGGCAGGGCGUAACGCUGAACAAUUUGUGGACGGGGCCGGGCAUUCCGAUCGGUGGUUCGAUCCUGAUGCUGGUGGUGGACAUUCUGCUGUACGCGGCGCUGGCGUUCUACUUUGACUGUGUCAUUCCGUCGGACCACGGGACGAAGCAGCGGCCGUGCUUCUGUCUGAGUCGGCACUAUUGGUGCGCGAAAAAAGUGCCAAAGGUUCCGCUGCUUAAUGGGGAGUCGGCGAAUUCGUUUAAUAAUUUGGACGAGCAACGGGAUGUGGAGCCGGUGUCGCGGGAAAUGCGCGGGAAGGAGGCGAUCAGGAUAGUGGAUUUGUACAAGACGUUUCACUCGUGCCGGAAGCCGGCGGUUAAUGCGGUGAACGGGAUUAAUUUGACGAUUUAUGAGGGGCAGAUAACGGCGAUUUUGGGGCAUAAUGGGGCGGGGAAGAGCACGCUGUUUAAUAUACUGACUGGGUUGACGUCGCCGACGUCGGGGACGGUGUACAUCUUUGGGUAUGAUAUUCGUGACCCUAAUGAUAUGACGAUGAUCCGGCGGAUGACGGGAGUUUGUCCGCAGCACGAUAUUCUGUUUGAAACGUUGACGCCGAAGGAGCAUUUGUACUUUUUUGCGGCUGUUCGUGGAAUUGCGCCGAGUUUGAUUGAUAGUGAGGUGAAGAAGACGUUGAGGGAUAUAGAUUUGUUUGACGCGGCGGAAACGAGGGUGAAGUACUUGAGUGGUGGACAGAAGCGGAAGUUGUCGGUGGGGAUUGCGAUUAUUGGUGAUCCGAAGAUUAUCAUCUUGGAUGAGCCGACGGCGGGGGUGGAUCCGUACUCGCGGCGGCACAUGUGGUCGAUUCUGCAGAAUCGGAAGCAUGGGAAGGUGAUUUUGCUGACGACCCACUUUAUGGACGAGGCGGAUAUUCUGGCUGAGAGGAAGGCGGUUGUAUCGCGGGGACGGCUGCGGUGUUGUGGAUCGUCGCUGUUUUUGAAGAAUAAGUUUGGCAUUGGGUAUCAUUUGACGCUGGUGCUGGAUACGAAUUCGUCGGAGGCUUCGAUUACCAAGCUGGUGAAUGAGCACGUGCAGAAAGCGGAGAAGGCUCGUCGGCACGGGAGAGAGUUGAGUUACAUUUUGCCACACGAUGCGGUGAAUUCGUUUGUGUCGCUGUUUGAUGAUAUCGAGCGGGAGAUUAAGACGAAGCAGUGGCAGUUGGGCAUUUGCUCGUAUGGGGUGUCGAUGACGACGCUGGAGGAGGUGUUUCUUCAUUUGGAAACGCAACGGGAGGAAGAGCAGAAGGUGGAGAAUGAAGAUGAGGAGGAGCAGGACGCUGGUUAUGCUGUAGAUAGCUUAAGUCGUAAGGUUAUGAAAAAUAGAGCGUUGCCUAGAAGCUUGUCUCUGCAGGAGAAGAGCAACAGCUAUCAAUCGUUGAAGAACGAUACCAAGAAUUUGCUCGACGAGCAGAACGUAGAGAAUAAGGGUUCGCUGCCGGGCAACGGGUUGGACUUUGAUACAAUCAUUCCGAUUAACGGGUUGAGCGGUGAGGGUGAGCCUACGCAGCGAGAGAAGAACCUGACGAUCACGACGCCGACCAUGAAGCAGCUGCGGAAGAAGCAACACCACAGCAAAUCCCGCAACGGGGUCAGCAAGAGCAAUAAGAGCAUCUACGAGGAUACCACACAUCACUCGUCGUCGGUUGUGAAGCUGAACAGUCAGAACAAGACCAACUGGAUGGACCUGGACGACAUUGAGCUGCGUCCGUCUUGUUUUAACACUAUCGUAGCGCUACUCAAGCUAAGAAUAACAAUACUCUUUCGUGACAUUCAGCGUUUAUAUCUGUUAAUCAUACUACCGCUAGCAUUUACGGCGUUAGGUUUAUACUUGAACUCAAUACAGGUCAUCUCGCCGGUGAUGCGUUCAAUACUCCUAGCUAAUACAACGUACGGCAGCAAUAUUACCAAGAUAGCAGUACAUGAUAGUACCAAUAGACUGUUUUCAUCGCACGCGGCGUACCAUCGGCUUCAUCAACAGCAGCAACAAUCCUCGCCCUCGCCCAUGCUUCUCCACCAGAAGCAUCAUCAGCACCACCAGGCCAACGCGGAGCAGCAUCAGGCCGCCAAAGAAUCAUCAUAUCUGUACCAUCGUUUCAUUGCCGAACUGAAGCAAUCGUCGAACGUCACCGAGGAGUACAACGGCAGCUUCGCGGCGCUGCUGGACAUUGCCCCGCACAUGGCGGCGUUCAACAUCAACACUAUAUCAUGGUCAAACGUGUCAAUAACUACUAUGUACAAUGAUACCACACAACACAGUCUACCAAUACUAUUAAAUCUUAUCAGCAACGCUCUGUUGCGCAUGUUUGUCGAGCUGGGACCGCCCCACAGGCCACCGCAUCAGCCCAAAACCAUCAACCUGGAAGAAGCCGGAAUGCAGGCGGACGACCCGCUGCCCUUCGACUCGACCUCCUCCAGUUCACCCUCCCUCACAUCAGCAGGCCCCAUCGGUUCCACCGACUCCAUCCUGAACAUCGAACUCCGCUCGCACCCCUUCCAACAGACGGCCCAACCCCAGGAGUUCAACAUCGGUACCUUCUCGUCCGCACUCUUUGUGGGAAUGAUCUUCGUGCUGAUCCCCGUGUCCCUGGCCGUCGAUAUGGUGUACGAUCGGGAGAUGAAGGCCAAAAAUCAGCUGCGAGUCAACGGCCUGUCGUCGGCGCUGUACCUCUCCGCGUACUUUAUCGUCCUGUCCGGGCUGAUGCUGCUGAUCUGCGCCGCGCUGCUUGGGCUGGUGUUCCUGUUUGACAUUCCUUCCUUUAGACAGCCCCCCGCCCUGAUCACGCUCGGUCUGCUCGUGUUCCUGUACUCGCCGGCGGGCAUCCUCUGCUCGACGUGCUUCUCCUACUUCUUCGACCGCACCGACUCGGCCCAGUCGAUCCUGCCCAACAUUUUAACCUUUGUCGGACUGAUCCCUUUUAUACUGGUAGUGUUUUUAGAUAUGCUAGGAAUUGAGGUAAAAGCAGCGAUCGCCUUACACUACGUCUUUUCGCUGCUCAACCCGAUGUACAUCCCGUACGCGGCCGUCUACUUUGUGGACCGGGUGUACAUCGCGUGCCGGCUGAGCUCGGCGUGCGCGGAGCUGUCGAUGGCGCACUACAUGACGGAGGAGAUGAUCGUGAUGGCGUGCGGCUGCCUGCUGCACAUCCCCAUCUGGGCGUUCUGUCUGCGCUUCUCGGACGUGAUGAAGAGUGGUGGGCGGAUGCGGGACAUGUUCCACAGGAGGACGAACGAAGAAGACGUUAUGACUGAAGAGCAGUGCAUUGGCGAGUACGAAGAUGAGGACGUUCGGAACGAGCGGUCUAAGAUUUUCCGACUGACGACUCAGGAGCAGCCGGGACAGGUUCAGCCGGUGGUUUUAGUGAAGAGUUUACGCAAGGAGUUCUCCCAGGAGUCGCUCUGCGGGAACGGUUCCUGCUGUUGCUGUUCGGACGACGAACCACCGCGCAAGAAGGUGUCCGUGCGAAGUCUGUCGUUUGCAGUAGAAUCCGGUGAGGUGCUUGGACUGCUCGGUCACAACGGUGCCGGCAAGACCACCACCAUGAAGAUCAUGACGGGUGAGACGGCGCCCACGAGGGGGACGGUUCGGGUGGCCGGGCACAGUAUUACCAUCAACCAGGACGAUGCGUUCAAGACGCUCGGCUAUUGUCCGCAGCAUGACGCCCUGUGGAAGAACAUUACGGUGCGGGAACAUCUGGAGCUGUACGCGUGCAUUCGGGGCGUUACGCGGAAGGAUCUGAACCGGCUGGUGACGACCUACCUGACGGGGCUGCACAUCACCGAGCAUGCCAACAAACAGACGCAGCACUGUUCCGGGGGAACGCGCCGUAAGCUGAGCUACGCCAUGGCCAUGGUCGGGGCGCCCAAGGUCGUCCUCCUUGAUGAACCGUCCACCGGUAUGGAUCCCAAGUCGAAGCGAUUCCUGUGGGACACGAUACUGGCCAGCUUCCACGGCAAGCGGUGCGCCAUGCUGACGACGCACUCGAUGGAGGAAGCGGACGCGCUCUGUUCCCGCGUCGGCAUCAUGGUCAAGGGCGAGUUGAGGUGCCUUGGUUCGACGCAGCACCUGAAGAACCUGUACGGGGCCGGGUACACGCUCGAGAUCAAGCUGAAGCACGUGGAGAACGUGUACAGCGAGACGCCCGUCGGUGAGUGCGCGCCGGAGAGCAGCAGUCAGGAGCAGCUGCAGCUGCAGGAUCACCAGCAGGUGGACCAACACCACGUGACGGCGGCGGCCACGUCCGCGUCGACGCCCGUCAUCGCCAACUGCAUCGACAACCGGUCGAUGGCGCUGCGCAACUUUGUGACUGACCUGUUCCCGAGUGCCACCCUGGAGGAGAGCUUCGCCGACCGGCUGGUGUACUCGGUGCCCCAGCAGGCGGUCAGCUCGCUGGCGGAGUGCUUCUCGCGGCUCGAGAAAGCCAAAACCGAACUCGACAUCGAGGAGUACUCGUUCAGCCAGACCACGCUGGAGCAAGUUUUUCUAAAAUUCGCCCAUUAUGACGAGGAGCCGUCCAGCGUGCAGUAGUGUCCGGCGGCCGGGGCCGGUGCAAGGACCGGGGACCUCGUCGUUGCGCUGGACAGCAGAAACGUACCGGUGACGCGAUUAUUAAGCACGUGAGAGAGCGAGAGCGGACGAACGGACGGACGGACGAACGAGUGAGAGUGCUUUGUUUGUGUUGUAAAUUAUAUAAAGAAGGUAAAGUAAAAUAAAGUGAAUCCAAAAAAAAAACUAGGCAAAAUAAGACAGAAAACCAAAAAAAGUCACCCGUAAGCUAAUAUCUAAACGCGUAACGUAAGAUUUAAUUGCAAACAAAUGUAAAAUUAUUUAAUAAUUAAAUUUAAAGCAUCUUACAAAGAGAAAGAGAAGCAUGCAAAGUAAAGUGCGCCAUAGAAGAGAAAGAGAAGGAAACCCAACCCAAAGCUAAAGUAAUUAAUCCUAAUAACUUACUAUUAAUUAUAGACAUGAGAAUAAUGAAAAAGUGAAAUUACAAUAAGACAAAAAAAACAACCACACAAGAAUACAGAAGCCACUCAAAGAAAAGCAGAACCAG